CAUUCAAAUAUCAGUUUCUCUUUCUCUCUUUCUCUCUGGGAUGUGGUGAACGGUCAUACAUCGGUUCCUUAAGCUACCAUGAAUGCUAGAGCUCUCCUUCACUCUUUCUCUCCCCAUUUUCGGCCCCGCGGCUCCCCGCCUGAUUUGUCCGUCUCAAAGGAGAGUUUCGGUUUUAGCCUUCCUGGGUUGAAGCGCAGAGAACCACUUCAUUUUCGGGUUCGCCUUCAAUCUGAAGAAGGCUGCGGUUUUUUCCACGUUUCAGUUCGGAAUUCUGGUCGGGGCGGUAAAGUAUAUGCAGACGUUAAGUCAGAGCCAUACGAUAUAUCGAAGUCGGUGCCAGAAUCCGUGAAGUUCCAGGACUCGUUGAACGAUGUCGUUUUGCCCGAGGGUGAUUUAGAGAGUUCUGCGCCUUGGUGGGAAGAAUUCCCGAAACGAUGGGUUAUAGUGAUCUUGUGUUUCUCCGCCUUUCUUCUCUGCAAUAUGGAUAGAGUAAACAUGAGCAUUGCCAUACUUCCCCUGUCAGCGGAGUUCAAUUGGAGCCCAGCCACAGUUGGUUUAAUACAAUCUUCAUUUUUCUGGGGAUACCUCCUCACCCAGAUUGCCGGUGGCAUAUGGGCUGACACAGUGGGUGGGAAGCUGGUUUUGGGAUUUGGCGUAGUUUGGUGGUCAGUUGCUACAGCUCUGACUCCUGUUGCCGCUAAAGUUGGGUUGCCUUUCCUACUUGUUGUUCGUGCUUUCAUGGGCAUUGGUGAGGGUGUUGCCAUGCCUGCAAUGAAUAAUAUUCUGGCCAAAUGGGUUCCUGUAUCUGAGAGGAGUAGAUCAUUAGCACUGGUGUAUAGUGGCAUGUAUCUUGGAUCAGUCACUGGCCUGGCUUUCUCUCCGUUCUUAAUACAUCAAUUUGGAUGGCCAUCGGUCUUCUACUCCUUUGGUUCUCUAGGGACAGUUUGGUUUGCUGUAUGGCUAAAUAAGGCCUACAGUUCACCUCUUGACGAUCCCCUGCUCCGGCCAGAAGAAAAACAGCUGAUUGUUGCAAACAGUCUUUCCAGGGAACCUGUCAAAACAAUACCAUGGGGAUUAAUCUUGUCGAAACCACCUGUAUGGGCCCUAAUAGCGUCUCACUUCUGUCACAAUUGGGGUACAUUUAUUCUUCUAACAUGGAUGCCAACAUAUUAUAACCAAGUCUUGAAGUUCAAUCUUACGGAAUCUGGGCUUUUGUGUGUUUUGCCCUGGCUUACAAUGGCUUUUUCUGCAAAUCUUGGAGGGUGGAUUGCUGAUACACUUGUUAGCAAAGGUUUAUCUGUGACAACAGUUCGCAAGAUCAUGCAAACAAUUGGGUUUCUUGGCCCUGCAUUUUUCCUAACUCAGUUGAGCCAUGUUAAUUCUCCUGCAAUGGCUGUGCUGUGCAUGGCAUGUAGUCAGGGUACUGACGCAUUUUCACAGUCUGGUCUAUAUUCAAAUCAUCAAGAUAUUGCACCUAGAUAUUCUGGAGUGUUGCUUGGUUUAUCCAAUACUGCUGGAGUACUAGCAGGGGUUUUUGGAACAGCAGCUACUGGUUACAUCUUGCAACAUGGUUCUUGGGAUGAUGUUUUCAAGGUUUCAGUUGGGCUGUACUUGGUUGGAACCGUUGUCUGGAACCUCUUUUCGACUGGUGAGAAAAUAUUGGAUUAACUUUUGUGUAGGUUGAUCUUUAGUACACAGCGCAGCCUUCCCAUUCACGAGCCUAUAUAUAGAGAAGAGUUGGAAUGAUUGAUUGGAAAGGAAAUGAAAAUUAACGAGAUAAACCUGAGGGAUAAUCCCAUUUCAAAAUUCUUGGACUUGGCAAAUUUUCUAAAUGCCAUCGAAGAGCUCGAAUAUUGAUCGAAUUCCAUUGAUGCCAGUGCCCCAAGUCCAUAGCGAAUGGUUGCGUUCAUACUAAUGAAGGAAGAAUAUAUUUGUAAAGCAUCUCCGGCUCUUCGCCAGAGCUUGUAAAUGUUGUAAUCAAUACUAAAGAAAAUCAAUAUUAUUGCUUUGCAUUUUUCCUU